UUGUCCAUCUGCUUCCUAAUCGGAUCUUCCUGUUACGCUCGGGAGAAAAGUUUGAACCGCACUGCGACUCCGUAGAGGAGCGAACAUUCGCGAGCAAGACAGACCGAGUAACCUGCAUUCUUGGCGAAAUUGCCAUCAAGCCUUUUCCUUGCAGUCUGCCUUUCAGAGGGACACGAUGGAAUUGCAUUUGUGACACGGGACACCGACACCUUUUCACGGUCGUUGGAAAACCUACGCUCCCUUUGGGACGCGUACACCAACAUCGCGUCGGUUGGGUGCAUUAUUAAAUGUUCGGAACUGAGAUACUGACCGUAUCGACCAAACUAUUUUCUUUCGCAUUGUUAAAAAUUGAAAUUCCAUUUAAAUUAUUUGUUAUUUCAACCCCUUUGUGUUUAUUCCCUUCUUCGAUAUUCUCAUGUUGUUUCUUUUUAUGCGGCAGCAUUUUAUGUGGCAGUCGGUAUCUUUUUCACAAGCGAUAACCACCUCGUUUAUAGUAAUCGCGAUUGACAACGUUUGGCAAGGAAUACCACGGAACGAUAGUUUCAUCCCCUGGAAAUGAACGCUGUAACACUUUGCUAAGCUAUACCGCGACAUGCACGUUAUCGCUGUCAUAACGUGCUCGUAUCAUCAUUACGUUCGUUGAUUCGAGUACCAUGACUUCGUCGUUCGAUCCUUUGUAAUCCUAGAGGCGCAUUUAGAUGGGCAAUAACGAAGAACGAUCGCUCGUGCCAACGAUUUCGGUGAAUUGAAUCGUAGCUUCCAGGGAAUUAACUUGGUAAAUAACGUAAUACAAUUUUCUCAAAUCUGUCUAUUCUUUAUUUACUUUUUCAAAAAACUUUUCUAUUCUUCGUACCAUUUUUCAAUUUGCAAACAAGAAAUCCGUUUGAACACUAAUCAGAGCAGUUCCAUCGUUGUUCGAGCGAAAAGCCCAUAGGUGCGGGCUGGUGCUAGCGGCUCGAUUUCAAAGUGAGAUUUCGGGAAAAGAUGCAGGUAAACAAACACGAGGCUCGCUUAGAAGGCGGGAGCAAGCAGGAGCGAGGAGAGAAAGGAAAGAUCGUGGAGAAAGAUGGAAAGAGAUAGUUGGAUGGGGGUAGAGGGAAAAGUCCAGGGGUGGCUGGUGCGCGGGCGCGGCUUUGCGGGUCAGAGUGCGCCGGGUAUAUAACCGGGCGGAUGCCGUCGUCCUUUAGUCUUGCGCUUAUCGUCAUCGUGACGAUCCGCUCGGAUUCCACGAGCAAGCGGUCGCGUGUUCGCGAUGUACGAUCGACGAUCGGUAAUCUUCGUUCGCGCGUUCGUUAAGUUUCAGCCGCUUCGAGGUUAGUUCGUUCGGUGACGCUGUGAGGUGAACUUCGUUCGCGCAUCGACGUGGAUCUAAUUGAAAAAUCCUUCAAUCGACUCGUGUAAAAUAUCCGAUAUCGGAUCUUUGCUGAUCAAUUAUAAUUAAUAAACACAAACAUGUCUCUUCGAGUCUCGGGGAUAAGUGACGCGUCAACCUGUUGUAACCUUGUAUCGGGUACGCCAUAGAGGCGUGUAAACAAUUCAUUGAAGACCUUACGUAGAAGGGACAGUGCGGUGGAAACUUACGACGAUUAUUGUUCGCUAUUCGCCUGUCGAAAAGGUAUCUUUCGAGAGAAGACGUGGAAGUAAAAGAUUCUCGUACGAGUGCUGUCAAGGGAGCGGAAAGAAAAUGGUACCGGACCAGAGAUUCGAUUGUCCGACGCGAGAGGCCGCGAAAUGUGGAGCGUGAAAGUAGCACGGUUGAAUGGUGGAAGAAUCGAAACUCUGGAGUAGCGGAAACGAAGGGCGGAGAAGGGAAAAAGGAAGAAAAGAAGGAAACGAAAGAAGGUACUGCAGGGAAUUCGAAGCUGUGCCUCCGGUCACUUGCGACUAGCCGUGUGUAUGCAUAGGAAAACCGUGGUAAUAGAAGAGCCCCAGCCAGCACGACGCGUAUCUGGGUCAUACAGCCGCUUCCCUUUCGCACGCGUCUCUCUGCUCUGUGCUCGUUUCCCAUAAUUUUGUGAGAUUCGCUGGUACCAUCGUACGUCGAUUUACCGUCAGAACGAACGUAUCCUUUGUUAUUCUUAGAUCGAAAACGAAAAAACAUGCAAUUACGUGUAACGAGAAAACACGACAAAGAAACGUCCUGCAUGAAAGUUCGCUGGAACACUUUCACAUAGACGGAUAGAAAAUGGAACGGAAAGCGGUGGCGUGAAGCGUGUUGUACAAAGUUCCUAGAUGUCGAUAUUCGUGGGGGAAUAAUCGCAAAAAAACGCGGAAACGGGAGCAGACUUAAAGGGAACUCGGUUUUCCACGAGCCCGUGCACGGUUCGUUGACGUUCAAGAUCUAGAGAGUCGUUGCACGCGAGCUCUCGUUUCGACUUCUUUGUUGAGCGCGGCGGUUUGUCGGAUCGCCGCGCUUGGUUAAAUCGUUUGCGUAGACGAACGAGGUUGUCGCGUAACAGUUUCGAUGCCGGCGAUGGUAACGAGCUGUUACAUCGUCACCGGAUGGAAAGCAGGAUAUCGAAGAGGGAAAAAAACAGAGUGGUGACCGUGGAGCUAGAUUCCCGCGGGGACAAUCCCGGACGAACGAGCCACCACGCGAGGAACUAUUAUCUGUGUGGAAGAGCAAUCAGCUCACGCGAAACCCGUUUCUCUUUAGAGCGGACACAUCGGACGCGCCGGCACGGUAAAUAAUGAACCUCCGCAGUCAUUUAUCAAGCUCACCGCGAGGCCAACGAAUGCUCAAAGUAGCCCGGUUGAAGUAAAUGGAAGAGUGCAACGCGAGCUGACGGCAGGUAGCAAAGCGCGCCCGCCGAUCCCAGCUGGAUUUCGCUCGCAAGAAAAAUAAGACCGUCACUCGACGUUGCUCACGGUAUCUCGAUCGAACGUACUUACCUUUCGUGAUCGUGUUCGGGGGUCGGUUCAAGGUAACGAACCUGGUCGUCUAAUUACAAACCAGGAAGUCUCCUCGAGUCUCGACGAUUCGUGUCUCGUCCGUUCGUAUGUACACAAACGUUCGAUGUCGGUGUUGUGGCUGUCUUUGAGAUGCGAUCAACGGCCGAAUCGUGCUACGGUCAACCGCGUCCUUGUUCUGCGAGGUUUUAUCAACGCGACAGAUAACGCCGUUCCGAGAGGGUUCGUGGCUCCAUGAAAGUGAUCAUCACCGAGGAUCGUGGCCGAACGUUAACUCCGUUUUGUGCGACGGUGUAGUUCGGGUUUCGGUGAAUCAUGCGGCGACGAAACAACAGCAACGUCGGUUGUUGCUGCCAGAGCAACAAGAGAUCCGGUCGCGCCGGUUACAACGACGCGGACGGAAACGAACCACCCGGUUGGUGCUUGUACACGAGCGUGGCUCUGGUAGCCGUUGCUUGUUACCUGAACGCGUUAAACGGUGAUUUCGUGCACGACGACAUACCAGCGGUGGUGAGGAACAAGGACGUGCUCGCUCAAACACCUUGGACCAGCGUCCUCAAGGAUGACUUCUGGGGUACGCCUAUGCACGACAUCAACAGCCACAAGAGUUACAGACCUUUGACCACCCUCACCUUCCGAUUGAACUACCUGAUGUCAGGAUUAACGCCAAGCUGGUACCAUGCGACGAAUAUUGCCCUGCACGCUAUUGCAUGCGUUUUGGUCACAAGGGUGAGCCUAGUGGUGGCAGCUCUUCGCCCAGGAUUUGCUGCCCUGGCAGGCUUGCUGUUUGCUGCUCAUCCUGUGCACACCGAAGCGGUAACUGGCAUCGUAGGGCGAGCAGACGUAUUGGCCUGCAUUUUCUUCUUGUUAUCCUUCCUCGCCUAUCACGGACAGCAGACGGCUUACGUGUGGAGCAGUGUAUGUCUCGGAGCGUUGUCGAUGCUGGCGAAGGAGACGGGCAUUACUGUUUUGCCUCUAAACCUUCUUUACGACCUUUGCCGUUCCUGGCAUUCAAUCAAGAGGUCUAUUUUCGAAGCCAGAUGGAACGACGACUCGAGACACUUUUCUCGUCGCGCUGCAGUUCUGCUGGUUUCGUUUGGUGUGUUGCUUGUUGUACGACUCGCCCUCCUUCAUGGCGCUCUACCGAAGUUCUCGCCGCAGGAUAAUCCAGCAGCUUUUCAUCCCUGUUUCCACGUUAGAUUAUUGACGUUCUGUUACCUUGCGGCUUUGAAUUGCUGGUUGCUGCUUUGUCCAGCGACGUUGUCACACGACUGGCAAAUGGGAUCCGUUCCUCUGGUCGCCUCUUUGGCCGACACCAGAAAUUUGGCCACCUGUCUGUUCUUCGGUGGCUGUCUAAUUCUCACGUACAAAGCCUUCACGGAUUUCGAGCAACAGAGGCACCCGCCUCUUCUCCUUGGUUGGAUGUUCCUGGUACUCCCGUUCCUGCCCGCAUCCAAUCUUUUUAUUACCGUUGGAUUCGUCGUCGCGGAACGAGUGCUCUACAUGCCCAGUGUCGGAUGGAUUCUACUAGUCGUGUACGGGAUGCAAAUCAGCUGGACGGCUAUUCCCCGAAGAAGAAGUCUGAUCACAACGGGGAUAGUUCUACUUCUGCUGUUAGGAUGUUACAGAACGGUUCUUAGAAACCGAGAUUGGACUUCAAGAGAAACUUUGCUCAGAGCUGGUCUACGGUCUCUUCCCCACAACGCCAAGAUGCAUUACAACUUCGCCAACUUCCUCAGGGACAUGUCGCAACCGAACCGUGCGAUCCUGCAUUACCAGCUGGCCCUUUGGCUGUGGCCGACGUACGCCAGCGCGCAUAACAACCUCGGAACACUCACUGUGGGUGAUCAAGCGGAGCAACAUUUUUUGGCAGCGAUACACGCUCAACCAGGACACGUGAACGCUCAUUAUAAUCUUGGUCAGCUCUACAGGAAAACGAACAGAACGGAGGAGUGCAUACGGAUGCUUCAAAAAUGCGUGUCUCUUGAUCCAGCCUACACCCCCGCUUAUUUAGUUUUGGCGAGAUUGGCAACCGGUCCAGCCGCAGGGGUGCUUUUGAGACACGUCGUUCGAUUGCAACCGAGAAGUCCUGACCAUCUCGCGGAAUAUGCGUCCUGGUUGCACCAGAAUGGUAAAUGGUUACCCUCCCUGAAGUACUAUCUCAAAGCCAUGGAGGUCUCGCCAUCGCAUAGAUCGUCGCUCCUGGGAACGGUCAGGAUCCUGAGGUCGCGGGGUCAAUGGCCGAGGGUGCAUCAACUUAUCACCAGGUGGCACCUGAUGUUACGAGCGAAACGUGGCGGACUCAUAUAUCGUGGCGACCUUUAUAUACGCGCGUGGCAGCUGCAAAGCGAAUCCCGUCGCCGAGCGCAUCAGCAUCAAGCGAAUAUCUGCUUAUCGGAGGGCGGUUGUUCGACGCCCCGUGUCGCCAGCGUGUCAGUGCAGCUCGAGCAGGACAGCAACAAGUCGGAGCAGCUGGAGCGGGCGCCACGUUGUAACGUACGUACCUGUAGACAGUCGAGAAAAGGGAAAACGCGCGUCACCGCGCCCGCACUGCUCGUACAGAACCUCCUGGAGACGCUCUAGCUCGACCAAUUAUUCCACUAACUACCUGUUUAUCUCUCUCUUUUUCUCUAUUCUGGUCUCAUCGUCGACGAGAACCUGACCAGGCACACACGGUGCCGAUUCGGGAAGCAACCAAUUGCUUCCAGCGAGUCCCGAAUCCUUUGUGAUCGAAAAGAGAACGAAAAGCGGACGUGCAGAUUUUUUGGAUCUUUCUGUGUGUGAUACUUAUCCUGUUUUCGCGACGAUCGACGAUUAAUAUCGACCGUUCGAUUUUCACCAGGCGGAAAUUGCUUGAUUGGCUAGAUUUUCACGAAAGAGAGGACCAAGAGCGAGCCUGUACUUCGACCAUGAUUUUGUCGCUGCGUGUUACGCUAACUAUAUUCACGCCGACAGCCGAUUGGCUGGCGUCCCUCCUUCGCGUGCCCCUCGCCAACCGGCUCUCCGGCGUGAAUAUAGUUAGUGUCACACGCCGCGACAAGUUCGAUGCAAUUCAGUCAGUGUACAUCGAAAACCAAGAAGAUGAGAGGAGAAGUUUGUACGAAGACGUGAUAACGAAAGGUAAAUGGCUUCGUUUGAGUGAUAAACGGCGUUGGUAAUAUAGUUACUACUAAUUGCGUCGUGAUGUUUCUAAUACGUAUUCGCUGUAUUUCGAGUGUGCUUUCGACGUUCUCAGAGAUACGCUGUGCUCGCUGUGUCGAUGCUUUCGAUUCCGUGUCGUUGAGAACCGUGUAAAUAUUUAUUCGUCGUAACCUUCGAAACGAAAUAAGCGAUGUUUUUUUUCCAAGCAACUUCGACGCUCGAGGGUGAUUUCGCGCUACGGAGAGUAUUUUUCUGUCACGAUCGCGUUCCUAUGAGACAGCUAUGCAUCCUCGUUGCGGACACCGCGGACUGGCGGGUCGGAAAACUCCUCGAAACGUGUAAAUAUCGUUGCUUUCGGUCGGUGUCUCGCGACGACACGGCUGUAAAUCGAGAGUCGAGUCACUCUUGAAUUUAUUUUUCCCACGACCUCGAGUUUGACGAUGUCGACGUAGUACAGAGCCACGUAUACGUGGCUCGUUGUCCUUCUGUGAGCAUCAUUCUUUCUGUGUGCGUGUUUUGUCUUCGAUUGCCGGACACGUAGCUCUCCGAGCACGCAUGUAAUUAAACGGUGCCAAUUUUAGAGUAAUCAAACGUACCGUCGGUUUUCAGAGUUCGGUACGAUUUUUCUAAGGAAAUCGGUUGAGAAAACGUGCAUUGAGAAAAGGAGAAUGAAAAAGUAAUAAUAUUGUACUUCAUACUUCGAUGAGCUUUGUUAGGCAACGUUUCCAAGCUCUGCUAAAGCAUUGUUUACUUGGAACAAUGAAAUUUUAUAAAAUUUGUCGGUAAAUCUUAUAAUUCGAAAUUUCAUUAUGUUUGAAUUGCUUGAAAACUUGCGAAGAGAGUUUCUAAUAUCCAUCAGUAGGUACACAUCCAUUGAAUUAAAGUUUCAUUGAAGCCCGUCUUCUGGUAGAAAACGGUUCGGAAAGCAUCGAGCUGACAAAUCGGGGUCUCAUGCAUUGCCGGUGCGCUCGGUAGCGGGUUUCAAUUAAAGUAAACUUCAAUCCUGCUGGAAUCUUUUGUCUGUCUUCCCCGGGUUCGCGACUCAUCGGUUCGAUAGUUUCUUGUUUAAACGGGGUCGAAUGUGAGGCAGCACGACGUUCGGUCUCUUUUCCUUUCUCGUUUUAGUUACACGCGUGCUGUCCUCGUAAAUUGUCGCUUUAAACGGGCGCUGACCGAAACGUUGCCAAGACUUAAUGGAAGACCAAUGUAUAUACGUUGUACACUAAAGAGAAAAAAAAGAAAGAAAAAGGAAAAAGAAAAACAGAAAAAAAAAUCCGUGAAAACAUCGAAACGUUGCGCGAUGCUUAUUGAAUUUCUCUGCUAGGAGUAUUAUCGUUCGAGUGAUAAGAAACCGAGUCGCGCUCGGUAGCUUUAGAAGAUAGACGGUCGUACGUGGGCGUGAUCGAAGCUUCAAAUAAGAUUCGUCUAUGUCAAAAUGCACAGACGUGACGCGAAUUUGUCCGUAACAAUUUGCGUUUGUUCGUACGUAUACUCGUACGUUCUGUGUCGUCCCCGGUCUCCUCCAACCCUGCCCUUGUCUCGUCGAAUAUUUUCGAAUCGAAGCACGUUGGUGACGAAAUGGAAGAACGACUGUCAUUGGCCGGGCAGCAAUUUACCCGUACAAUAGCGGAGGAUCGAUCUGGUUUUUUCCCUGUAAACGAACCACCGUGGUCGAUGGGGUAGUUGAUAGCCGCUCUAGGUCGAUUCGAUCGAGAUGAAAUAUUUUUUUAAAAUCUGCUCUACCGCGAUAUCGCGUCAACGUUGCUUCGCUUGGAUCGUGUGCAGGGUGUUGCGUGAACGACAUAGUUUCGAGAAAACGAGAACGAACGAGCGAGGGUAGCUUUUUCGUCUUGUACCGACGUUACGGCGAAUGUGAACGCGUAUACUUGUAUAUAUUAAUACCUCGGGAGCAUUUUUCAUUUUCACUCGAAGCUCAGUUUAUACGCUGGUGCAGUUUGCACAAACUAAUUUGCUCGUACAAAUUUGCCCAAAUAAAUUGAAUUGAUAACCCUGUGCGCAUGUUCAGUUCGGUUUAAACAAAUUUUGUAGUUUGCUUAUUAAUUUUGCUUCCGGAAUGGUUCUGAAUAUAUUGCUUACCCGACAGAAUUUCUAUCUUUCACUGUUAUAUUAAAAUCAGCUAAUACAGAUAAAAUGAACUUAAUGAUUUUUCCAACGUACUUGCACUGUUAAUUAAAAAAUUCAUUCUAGUUCUUAGAUCGAUAGAAUCUACCGAGUUUGUGCAAAUUAUAUUAACGUACAAAUUCAGUUCAGAACGAGGAACGUUCGGUAUCAUUCGUCGUUGUAAGAAACACGCAACGCCUCGCAUACUCGCGACGAGAUUCGCGUGAAAAUUGUUUAACGAAUCAGAAUAACCGAACGACGUAUCUUUCGUUCGGUGAGAAUGAAAUCGAUGUGAUUAAGGAUUCAGCCGAUUCCUCGGGACGACGAUUGUGAACACGUUAUUUUAUUAUCGUAACGAAUAGCUACGAAGAGGUAUUUAUAUAGCUAUGCUUUACUACCUGAACGGUACCGAAAUUAUUACAAUAAUUGCUCAGCAAGAAAUAAGAAGCGAGUUUUUCAUCGCUCAUUGUGUACAGUACAACUUACACGAAUAAAAAAAAAAAAAGAAAAUAUUAGGACGGUUAUUUUCUCAACCGUUGAACAAGACCGCGCGAGAUGUAAAUUUUGCGAUCAGUUUCCCUCCCCCAUUCAUCGUUUUAUUUCUCGUUAACCAUAGAACGGAAGCCCUGCAACGUUGUACGACACGGAACAAAUAAGGAAUAGAGAGAGAAAAAAAAGAAAGAAAAGGAGCAGACAAAUCGUGAAACGGCUCAAAGUUUCGAGCUACGUUGAUGAAUCGUCAGUCAGUUCAGUUCCUACUAAUUUUUUUCGAGGGAUACCGAGUGCGGAAACGAUUCGCGGAUUAACUGCUUGUCGCGUUAAUUUUUUAGUUUUUCUUUUAUCUGAUUGGCAGAAUCGACCGCGUUGAAAUUCAACGAUGUGGUCGAGAUAGACGAGAUUCCCCGUCGAUUAUAAGUCGAUAACGAAUGAUAAAGAAAAUCCUGAUUUGGAAAAACGAAAUAUAUUCACGAGGAUGAGAUAUAAAGAGAGAUCGAAACGAAACUAGUUGUCGAUAAACGCGAGAUCGACGUGGAAUCAGUCUGCACACGGGCCGUAUAUAAUUAGCCGCAAAACUUGAUUAGUCUAGGUUAUUACUCCAUAGACCAGUUUGUACGUCUAAUUACAACACGUUAUUGCGCAUACUCACUGUGAAUACGAAUGCAAUUAUAAAUUAUCAUAAUAAAGUGUAUGUUUAUAUACA